CACUUUCAAUACUGGGUUACGAGAAUUUUACUUCAAGGUCCUCGUUUAGGAGCAAAUAGAGGAGGUAUAAAUGGAAAGACGAGCAACAAUAGCUCACAGUUGGAGUUCAACAACUCGAUCGAAAAUGUAUGCGUACAUCUGUUUUGUAAUGUGCUUCUUCGUCGGUAGCAGCUUAGCCGACUACCCGCAAAGAGAAGCGUCUUACUACUCCGCUCCGAACGACCCAUAUUCGGUGGGCAUCAAUCAAAACUCAAUUCAGGAACCAUCUCAGCGACUUUUCUGGGGAAACUCUGGCAGCAAUCAAGUGGGAGGAACAGGACUAUGGGCUACAUUGACUAACAAGUUCCCGUUCCUGGGAAAUAUGUUCGGUCGUAUGGAGCUGCCUGCACAGUACGGAGUGCCCAGUCAGUACGACGUGGCUCAACAGUACGGAGCUCCAUCGAGGUUCCAGCCUCAAUAUUACUCUGGCCAGCAGCAGUACUAUCAGCAAGUUCCUCAACAGUUCCCGCAGCAGUUCCAUCAACAGUUUCCUCAGCAAAUCGGACAGCGAUUCGUGCCGGCAGCUCGCGACGUGGGAAUAACUGACGAUGCAGUGAUAGUGACACCUCCGUUUGUGCCACCAGUGCAGCCCCCGCAGUUCCCUGCGCCAGCCCCCGCACCAGCGCCGGCACCAGUACCAGUGCCUGCGCCCCAACCCUCACCGGACCAGGGAUACUCGUACGAAAGGCCUCAGUACAGGUUGGAACUCCCCCACAAAUAAACCGAUGCGCCUUAAACUAACUGACUGACCGUAGACGCUAAGUAAAUUUAGUCAUUGCACUUUUUUGUUUAAUUUACUGUCUGUGUUUUUAUGGUAAAUAUAACAUAUUUGCCAUGUGUGAAGAAUAACGCGUACUUGCCAAAUAUUUUAAUUAUAAGUGCGACCUCGUCAGCUGGUUAAGUAAAAUCUUACAAACGAAACUUAGUUAAAGAUCAUUAAACUCGGUCCAGUUCAGUUUUACAGGUUCAAUUCAACAACGAUACACAAAAGCAAGAUAUUUUACACAGUACAGUGAAUAUUAAAAUGUGUUACAGAAAGAAAUAAGUAGCCUAUGUUACGAGAUUUUUCUAAAUCAGAAAUAUCAAGUGAGAUUGUCUAAUAGAAAGACUAAUUCACGGUGUUAAUAAAAUUGACGCCUUCGAUCCAACACUGCUAGCACCAUUAGUAUUCAAUUGUCAUUAAGUCCUCUCGAUCAAGCGCCUGAUUGAAUUUCUCUGUAACAAUUAUGUAAACAAUCUAGUUUAAGCGAAUCGACUACGGGUUUUAUAAUACUUCACUGUCAAUUGUAAUGUGCUCUCUGAAAAUCGAAUGACACGAAUUUUUGUAAAUGCAAUAAAAUAAUUUAAAAGAU